AGUUUCUCGCUACAGGUUAUUGGUCCUGUGUGCUAUACUUCAGGUAAGGCGGACACAAAUAUGUUCCUAUUGCUUGGAUACUUUGGUCAUGACAUGAUGUUUCCUUGAAGUGAAAGCCCAAAGAAAUAUGGACGAAAUAGAAAAGCAUGCUCUGGAACUGGUAAAGACACAAGUCAGUGCAAAACUAGACCCGUUCCCUGUCUUAAAGGAAUUGCUAGACCGACAAAUUAUCAAUGGUGACCAAUACAGUCUGUUUCUUAAAGACGCAUCUCGUGGAAACGGGGACACAAUGUUAUGGUAUGAACUUUUUGAACACCUCCAAAAGUGGUGCUCAUUUCUAACACUGAUAGACAUAUUGAUGAAGACUGGACAAUCUGGAUUGGCCCAGAUACUGUUAGAUUCAAUUAAACGUGGUAAUGAUGAUCGUGGUAUCACACGCGUCCACAGGAUACAAACAGACAACCAAAAAUCCAUCAGAUUGUUUUUCAAGAAUUUGAAAUCACAAGUUCACGACGCUAGAUUUGGAAAACCAAGAGAAGCUCUUCGCAUGUUGGCAAAAAGCUAUCACGACAAACUAAGGCGUGAAGUAGAUGCUUCCAGGAAACACUAUCUCGCUGACAAGUUGGUGGCCAUCUUAGGUGUUGAAAUAGACGCACACGCGAUCACGUUCGAUGAUAACCUUUCACGUCACGGGCUGUUUGACGAGCUAAAGUCUCUGGUGCAUGAUAGCAGUAAUACUAUGAUGACUGACGUAAGUUAUUAUGGCAGACUUGCAAAUGCAAAUGCAAUUGGCGGUCGCUUUUCUGAGGGAAAAUACAUGCUUAUGAAAGCACAGUGUUCGGCAUCAAAUUUCACAGCCUGUUUGGAAGUAGCAAACAUGUACUACAUACAAGUUUAUGUUCUGCUGUGGGAGUUCGAAGCGACUCAUUCUCAGAAAUUGAAGCAAUCACUUAUCGAGAUUGCAACGAAGGGCAUGGCCAGUUUACAGGAAGAAGACAACGAGAUUCGCAUUCUUUGGACAAGAAUGUUUCUUCUUAGAAUGAUAUUCUGUUUACUCGGAAUAGGAAACCGUGCGAACAUUCUUCCAGGAUUCUCACCAAGCCAAGAAGACGUUAUGCAAGCUUUAAACUUAUUGCAAAAAUUGAGAUGGGAAGGAAUUUGGAAAGGAAUAGAGACAAGACGAGAGAUGUUCUUUUGGGUGGCUAUGUCGAGGUUGAAUGCUCUGAGAGGGGAUAUUACUGAGGCCCAAUCAAACGUUGAUAGAGCUCGGCAACUUGCACGUUCGGGGAAGUUUAAGGAAGUGACAUUCAUCGAUAGCUACUCGAAAGAAUUAGAACGUGUUGCCUCGAAUGCCUUAUAUGAAAUUAAAUCACAGGAAGAGCAUUGGCAUCCGGAAAGUACCACAGCGACUCGAUCAUGUUCCGGCAAUGAGUUUUCUUCUGACUUAAACCGCAGUUUAAGUAGAGGUGGUAACCGUCCCGGGGGCAUUGCCGGUCUCGAGAGCUACGCGUGGAGAAUCGGCUUAUCUGGAAACUUAAAUGUACAGGAUUUUAGGGAGAGAAGCCUUCAAUUUCAACAAAUUAGCAACUGUCCCGGGGACCUUGACGGUCUCGAGAGCUACACACGGAGAAUAGACGUAUCUGGAAACUUAAAUGUACAGGAUUUGGAGGAGGGAAGCCUUCAGUUUCAACAAAUUAGUAACCGUCCCGGGGGACUUGACGGUCUCGAAAGCUAUACAUGGAGAAUCGGCUUAUCUGGAAACUUAAAUGGCCACAAUUGCGAGGAGGGACGCCUUCCAUUUCAACAAACUAGUGAAGAUGACCAAUUUAGUGAUUUAUCCGACGACAUUGCCAUGGAGACAGUGGGAGGAAACGACCGUUUGAACUCUCUACUCGGGAAUCAGGUUUACUACAUUCCGAAUCGGUAUUAUUCCUGUGAGCUUGGCAAUGCAAAACAGCAGCAUGAGGUCCAUCCUGACAGUGAAAUAUCUUUAACAGAUAUUAUCUCCCCUUAUAACAGUAGUCCGGGUCAAACAACGUUUGCCUGUAGUUACUUGCGUCGCAAGGAAGACGAUGAUGUUGAACACCCGGAUGUUUUCCUAUUUCAUCAUGCAUCUGCAACACGCAAUGAUAGUGAUGCUGACUGUAGAAAAAAUGAACUGAUGGCAACAAAUGUUGCAACUACAAUGACAAACUUGUGUGACGAAAAUUCUCUGCUAAGAUCACGUGAUUUGGACGACGAUCCAUACAGUUCAAUUGAUAGCGUUCAACUUUUCGGCUCUGGAAUACAUGAACCGGAAGAACCCUUUAACAGCUUAGUUCUGUUUGAGGACCGCGGUGAACCGGAAGGAGAUUCAGUGACGUAGCUAAUUUCAUUUGAUCAUACGUGCAACGCUAAAAUGUACUGAAAAUCAUGAUUUUUUUUGUGUGCAAUAUAUUAUGUAAAAUGUCGUUAUUAUGAUUAAUGUCGGUAAUGUCAGUACAUUUUAUAUGUAUUGGAAACAAUCUUUAUUAUAAAGCUUCAAAUGCAUUUUUUUUAAACAAUUUUAACUUUUGCCAUCAUGGCUGGAAGUGAUGACGAAUUAGAAAUUUGACGUAGAGUGUGGAAAAAAAUGGUGCCUAUAGGACGUCUUAGGACUCGCACAACUAAAUCAGUUCCUAUCUAAAAUCAGUUCCGAUUAAUUACUGAGCAACUGCGGAAGUUAAAUGAAGAACUGAUGACAGAUUUUAACAUUUUAAAAUGUAUUCUUUUGAUAUAUUUCCAUGUCUGUGUGCGGAUUGCACAGG